AGAGAGAGGCAAGGCGCGGAGUGCCGGUCGCUGCGCAGUUGCGCGUGCGCCGCGACCGAGGCGAGCGGUCGCCCGCGGCUGCUAUUGCACUACUUAGCAUGGUCGAAUUUACUACUUAUUUCUACAACUAGUGAUUUAGUAGCCAAAAAUGGAGUACUACACGUCGGAUAGCUGCGACAGUGACACCAGGGAACAGAAGACCCUCGACCUAACGAGCCAGUUCAUAGACACUGAAACGUUCGCGUCGGAAUUGAGGAGCGUCGUCGACGAGAAAGAUUGCGCGGAAAAUUACGAAAUCAUUCUGCUCAACCACAAUCGGAUCACCUCGCUGCCAGAGACAAUAAACAGGUUUUGCAACUUGAAGAUAUUGGACGUGAGCAAUAACAGGCUGACGUCGCUCCCAGACAUCCUCAAGAACUGCCCUCUUACGUCCCUCAUAGCCAAACACAACCAGCUUACCAAUGAAUCGCUGCCCAAGUGUUUUAGCUCCUCCAAAAACACGAUAAAGGAGCUCAACCUCAGCGGCAAUCAAAUGAACUUCUUUCCCGAACAAGUAUUAGAGCUAAAAUCCCUCAAAUACCUCUACUUAGGCGGGAAUCAGAUCCAGAAAAUACCAAAGGAAAUUCGGAAGUUGAGUAGUUUGCAGAUAUUAUCGCUCGGCGGGAACCAGAUCACCGAGGUCCCGGAGUCAGUGGGUCGUCUGACGUCACUGCAGGCUCUCGUGCUGAGUGACAACUACAUCGAGCAGCUGCCUGCGAGCAUCGCCGACCUCAACCAACUGCGCUCCCUGCUGCUGCACAAGAACCGCUUGAAGACUCUGCCCACACAAAUUAUUAGGCUGAAAUGUUUGACGGAGCUAAGUCUCCGGGACAACCCGCUGGUGGUUCGUUUCGUGCGCGACAUGACGCUGCAGCCGCCAUCUUUGCUGGAGCUGGCGGGCCGCACCAUCAAGCUACACGAUGUGCCCGUGCUGCCGGGUGAGGUGCCGCUCACACUGCUUCGGUAUCUCGGCGCCGCGCAGUGCUGCGUCAACCCUAAGUGUAAAGGCGUGUUUUUCGACAAUCGGGUGGAACACAUAAAGUUCGUGGAUUUUUGCGGCAAGUACCGCAUCCCAUUGCUGCAGUAUCUCUGCAGUUCUAAGUGCAUCAUCGGCAGUUGGGAGAGUAGGGAGGAGAACACAAAUCCUCACCCUCACAUGAUGCGCAAAGUCCUCCUCGGAUGAACAAUAUUUUAUGUGAUUUUUGUGCUAUGACAGCUAUCCUAUUACAGUAAUUAAUGUUUUGAAUAUUAUACCUUUACAAGAUCAAUUUCACAAGCGAGUUGUAUACUUUUAAGAUAAUGCGAUGUAAACUUCGCUCCGAGGAGAUUGGCUAGUCAAUUUUAUAUGGAAUUUGAGUUGUCUCACUCAUGGAAUUGAUCUUUAUAUAUUAAGUUUGUUCAUAUGUAUAUCAUGUUACUUUUAUUUGGGACCAACUUAUUGAAUACCUAAUCUUUAGAAUAAACUUUGUGAUAUUGUUUUUAUUUCAUGUGUAUAUUUUACAGUCACUAUUAUAAAAAUAAAACUAAUUAUUUAAUA